GAGUCAUGGCUUCGAAAGAAUUACCUUAUUGAUUUCAAACACCAUUUUAUGAGUCAUUUUCCAUAUGCCUUGAAAGAAAUAACCAAGAACCGAAGGAAAGAGACACAUAAAAGCAUCAAGCAUUGCACGAUUUUCUCCAGUAACGUAGAUCAUCUCUUACUGAAUCUAACACUGUCUGAUAUCAUGGUCUCCCUGGCAAAUGCCUCAACUUUGCAGAAAGAUUCCAGUUGGAUAGAAAUGAUAAGGAAAUUUGUAACAGAGACUCUUGAAGAUGGUACUAGGCUAAACAGUAAGCAGCUGAACAGAUUGCUUGGAGUAUCUUGGAGGUUAAUCCAGAUACAGUCAAACAGAGAGGCUAUAGAGAUUCUGCUUAAGGCAGUUUAUACAUUGUAUCAGCAGAGGGGUCUUAUUCUUCCAGUUCGGACUUUGUUACUGAAGUUUUUCAGUAAAAUCUAUCAGAAAGAAGAGCUGAGAUCUUACAGAUUCAGAUACCGUAGUAGAGUGCUGUCCCGUUGGCUGGCUGGUUUACCAUUGCAGCUCUCUCAUCUUGGCUCCCGAAACCCUGAACUGUCGACACAGUUGAUUGAUAUCAUCCAUACUGCUGCAGCACGAGCAAAUAAAGAAUUAUUAAAAAGUUUACAAGCUACUGCUCUUCAAAUCUAUGAUCCCCAGGAAGGCACUGUGGUGGUUCUCCCUGCAGAGUCUCAGCAACGUUUGGUUCAGCUUGUAUAUUUCCUACCCAGUCUGCCUGCUGAUUUGCUUUCUCGAUUAAGUCGUUGCUGUAUUAUGGGAAGACUCAGUCCAGCUUUGGCAACCACACUUAUUAGGAUACUGCACAUGAGAUCAUCACUCUCUGGAUGGAAGCAUUCAGUCAACGACUGGUUGAUGAGUGAUGUGGACUAUCUCAGCUUUUUAUUUUCCACACUUACAGGGUUUUCUAAAGAGGAGUUGACUUGGCUUCAGAGCCUUCGAGGAGUUCCUCAUGUCAUCCAGACGCAGCUUUCCUCUGUGCUUCUCUACCUUACAGAUUUGGAUCAGUUUUUACACCAUUGGGAUAUAACAGAGGCAGUUUGUCACAGUUUAAUGGUUAUCCCUGCCCGAAGUCAGACCUUUGACAUCCUGCAAAGUGCCAUCAGUAAGCAUUUGGUUGGGUUGACUGUAAUACCUGACAGCACAGCUGGCUGUAUUUUUGAUGUUAUUUGUAAGCUCCUGGAUCAUACGUGUGUAGUUAGUGAAACUCUGCUGCCAUUUCUGGCUUCUUGUUGCUACAGUGUUCUUUACUUUCUGCUUACUCUAGAGAAAGGGGAAGCAGAACAUCUAAAAAAGAGGGACAAGCUAUGGGGGGCCUGUGUCUCCAUCCUGGCCCUCUUUCCACGAGUACUCAGGUUGAUGCUGCAAAGCCUGCGGGUGAACAGAGUUGGGUCUGAGGAGCUGCCUGUUGUAGGCCAGAUGCUCCGCCUGCUGCUUCAGCAUGCACCCCUAAGGCCUCACAUGCUAACUAAUGCCAUCUUGGUGCAGCAGAUCAUCAAGAAUAUCACAACUUUGAAGAGUGGCAGUGUUCAGGAGCAGUGGCUCACAGACCUACAUUACUGCUUCAGUGUAUAUAUUACUGGGCAUCCCCAGGGGCCCAGUGCAUUGAGUACAGUGUAUUGAAGACGCACUGUGGUGUACCUCUUGUGUGAAAUUGUUUAUUCGCAUCUGUCUUAUUUUGAAGAGAGACUGAGGUAAUAGUUGUCAUUAAAGCUAAACUUUUGAAAAA